AUGUACGAGUUUGCUUGUGAGUGCGAACAUACAUGCUCGCCGAGUUUCCUCAAAAGCUUCCUGAGCGCGGUGACCUUUUGUUUCUUCAUUCUUGGAACGGAGAGCGCUCAGGAGGCGAUGGCUAGCAUGAGAUUGAGUGGUGUGGCCAGGGCAUGCUACUUGACAAAGCGGAAGAGGGUCCAGCGCCCACCGUUGUCGACUGAGAUGGUACAGCGACUUGAGAGGUUUAUAGUUUCCCCCCAUGGGGAUCGCAUUGACCGGUUCAUAGCUGGAUUCUUCUUGCUCUCGACUUUUAUGAGGGCCAGGUAUUCUGAUACACAGAACAUGUACAAUGUCAGCGAGGACAAGCCGCAGGUCGACCCGUCUGGGCUUGGAGGCUACCUUCAGGCCGACAUCGCACGCAGCAAGACAUCUUACACCACUGAGAGGAAAACUCAGCUGCUGCCGAUGGUGUGUCCACGCAAGGGUCUCUCUGGCGAAGAUUGGUUCCAGGCGUGGUCCAUGCUGAGAAAGGAAUUGAACGUCCCUGUUGGAGAGGGGCUUCCCGUCCUGCCGGCGAUUUUGACCACCGGACACUGGGCUAGUCACCCUCCGAGUGCCUCGGUCGCUGCUGGAUGGUUGAGGAACGUGCUCCGCAAGUGCGGAUUUUCUGAGGCUCAGUGUUCCCCUAUUGGAACGCACUCAUGUAAAGCGACUUGUCUAUCUUGGUGUGCCAGAUUCGGCAUCGACAGCUAUGAUCAGAGGGUGUUGGGGUAUCACACGGCUCCGGGCGACCGCAGCGCCCAAGUCUACAGCCGCGAUGCCGUAUCGGCAUCGGUCAGGGUGCUCGAGAAAGUCCUCGCGGCCAUUCGGUCAGGGACUUUUGUUCCGGACAGUACCCGGAGCGGGUACUUCCCCACGGCGGACGACCCCAACGCCAGCUACGACUACGAAGCUUCCUCAGAGGCGUCUCUUGAUGAAGAGGAUGCCGAGACCGAUUGUCAGGAGCUCGAGCGAGCGCUGGACGGGGUCGUGGAUGAUUGGUGUGAGGAAGUGCCUAAGCGCGAGUUGAAGGCAGAGCACUUGGUUCGCAAUCGGUCUUCACGCAUGCUGCACUUGAUUGCCGACGAGGGCGGAACUUCUCUAUCUUGCGGCAGGACAUGCACGAAGAACUACGAGAAGGUCGAUGGCCGGUGUGCUAUCCCCGCGUCAGAAUGUCACCGGUGUGCAUUUUGCCCCGAGUCGUAUCACAUGUCGGGUCAACGGUGUGUCAGCGAGACCCCGCCACGACAGAACAUUGAUGAUGUGAAAGGGACGGUCCUGGCGUGA